AUGUCCAACGUCAACCGGCCGCAUCCGGUUCUCCCGAUGGCGACCUUCCAGCCCAAGGGGUUUGCGCCGUCGCCGGCGCCGUCGCCAUUGGAGCAAUGGACGAAGCGGUUCCAGGAGGCCGAGCGGCUGGUGGAGGAGGUGAUGGGGAACAUCGCCGAGAGGGGGUCCGUCCCGGCGUCGCUGCCGCUGGAGCUGAAGCGCCGGACCGGGGAGAUCCGGCGGAAGGUGGCCAUCCUCGAGACCCGGCUGAGCCUCAUGAGGGAGGACCUCGACCGACUCCCCAACAGGAACGUGAAGGAGAUGCGCAAACUGGCGGAGAAGUUCGACGCUCUGGAGCUGAAGGUGAAGGAGGUGGCUGCGCCGUUCACCAUGAAGAAGCACUCGUCCAACAGGAACGAGCUGCUCGGACCGAGCGACCACAGGUGCACGGUGGUGGACAUAAAGAGCACGGCCAACAUGGAGAACCAGGAGAUUGUCCAGCUGCAGAGGAACAUUAUGAAAGAGCAAGAUGAGUGUCUGGACAGGCUGGAGGAGACCAUUGUCAGCACGAAGCACAUAGCGCUGGCGAUCAACGAGGAGCUGGACCUGCACGUCAGGCUAAUUGAUGAUCUGGACGAGAGGGUCGAGGACACGAGCACCCAGCUGCAGCGCGCGCAGAAGAAGCUCAAGUCUCUCAACACGCGGAUGCGUAAAAGUGGGUCCUGCACGGGCAUCCUCAUGACGGUCAUCGCAGGUGUGAUCUUCGUUGCCGUGGUCUGGGCUCUGAUCAAGUUCUAG